AUGGCCUGCUGCUCCACCAGCUUCUGCGGAUUCCCCAGCUGCUCCACCAGUGGGAACUGUGGCGCCAGCUGCUGCCGCCCCAACUGCUGCCAGACCAGCUGCUCCCAGCCCAGCUGCUGCCAGACCAGCCGCUGCCAACCCAGCUGCUGCCAGACCAGCUGCUGUGGCUCCGGCUAUGGCUCUGGGAGUGGAAUUGGAGGUGGCCAGGGUGGAGCCAUGAGCUACCGCAUCAGGUGGUGCCGCCCAGACUGCCGCGUGGAGGGCACUUUCCUGCCACCCUGCUGCGUGGCGAGCUGCACACCCCCCACCUGCUGCCAGCUGCACCAUGCCCAGGCCUCCUGCUGCCGCCCAUCCUACUGUGGACAGUCCUGCUGCCGYCCAGCCUGCUGCUGCUACAGCUGCCCACCACCCAACUGCUGUGAGCCCACCUGUUAA